UGGAAUGGCGUUUUUAUGAAGAUGACCAAUCUUUUAUACACUUGACCGGCGUCGUUAUUAAGCGAUUCCACUAUUUUACCGUCUAUUUGAGCGAGAUAUUGUAACAUAUUUAACGCAUUUUUUCGUUUUCGUUUCGUUAUUAUUAGACUCUUGACUAGACAUGUUUUCGUGUCUUUGAAUCGUCAAGUUAAAAUAGCCUGUAAGACGUUUUCCUAUGCCCAGAAGAUUUACUUUAUGGGCUGCGUCAGGAACUGAUACAGUUUUAGAGCAUCCAGAAAGUAGGCUUCUACAUUUUUUUCCGGUGCUCAUGAUUUUUUGGUAUGUUUUGACAAAGGCAUUCGCCAGCUGAUCCGGAUACUUAAAACAGUAUCGUCUUCUUUGUCGCUUGGGACAUUACGUGAACAGACAGAGACGUCUAGUGUUUCUUUUGAAGUGAUAGACGAGCGACAGAGCGAGUACUAGCCAGAGGAGGAGAGAAGACCCCACCGUCACGUUCCGGGAAAACUGGCCUUCCUUAAAGGUGUGCGGAGCACGUGCCACUGCCAUGCUGUCACUGGACGAACCGCUGGACCUGAAGCUGCCGACGGGCCGAGACCGCGCGCCCCAGAGGAUGUCCAUCUGCGCCCCGCUGCACGCCACCCGCGCCCGCCAGGCCCGCACGGCUAACGACAAGAGCGUCAUCACGCCCGUGCCCCCCUCCUCACCGCCCACAGGUGUGCCUGUGUCCCCCCAGGCGAAGCAGGAGCCCCAGACCCCCCCUGCCAUGGACCUGACCUCUCGACACAACUCAGCACCUCCCUCCCCUGUCGACACCCAGUCCAACGGGGUUGGCACACACUCCUAUCUCCCCAGGGAGUCUGCAAACGCCCACUACCUGGAGGGCGGGGCCUCAGCACAGGGAUUCCAGUUCUUCCUGCCCAUUGGUGCAGGAGGCAGCUUCCAGCUCCCCUCCUCCCUGUUCAUUGGUCGGAACGGGGAGAAGCGCACGUCACCCGAGCCCUCCUCAGACGAGCAGCUGGCCUGCCGCUGGAAGAAGUGCCGCCUGCUGUUCGACUCGCUGCAGGACUUGGUGGAUCACGUUAAUGACUUUCACGUGAAGCCCGAAAAGGAUUCUGGGUACUGCUGCCACUGGGAGGGGUGUGCACGCAGAGGGCGUGGUUUUAACGCCAGGUACAAAAUGCUGAUCCAUGUUCGCACCCACACCAACGAGAAGCCUCACCACUGCCCUACCUGCAACAAGAGCUUCUCACGCCUGGAGAACCUCAAGAUACACAACCGCUCACACACAGGCGAGAAGCCCUACAUCUGCCCCUACGAGGGCUGCAACAAGCGCUACUCCAACUCCAGCGACCGCUUCAAGCACACGCGCACGCACUACGUGGACAAGCCCUACUUCUGCAAGAUGGUGGGCUGCCUGAAGCGCUACACCGACCCCAGCUCCCUGCGCAAGCACAUCAAGGCCCACGGCCACUUCGUGGCGCAGGAGCAGAACCCGUCGUCCGGCAUGGAGGCCCUGCUGAAGGCCGGCCGCCUGGUGGCCGCCGCCGCCGCCGGGGGUCCCCCCAUGCUCGGGUGCGCCCGGUCCAAGGGCGACUCCACCCCUCCGCCCGAGCUGCCCUACGUCGCCGGGGCCCACAUCAUCCUUCCGGGGGCUGCCGCGGCUGCCGCAGCUCUCUUCGGGGGCCACGGCCUGCAGGGCCUCGGCGGAGCCUCGCUGCCCCUGUCCAACAUCGGGCCGCUGGAUCUGAGCGCGCUGGGGAGCCGGGUGGCCUCCGCCCCGGGCCUGUCCCACGGCGGGCACCUGGGGCUGGGCAAGCCCCCGUCCCUGCUCUCGCCCCUGUUCCCGGGGGCCUCUCUGGGGCUGGGGCCCCUGCUGGCCAGCAGAGCCCGGGGCCGCAAGAGGGCCAGGGAGGAGGAAGACGAGGAGGACGACGAGGAGAGGAUGGAGGAGGAGGACGGAGAAGAGGAAGAGGUGGGCUUCGGACGCGACCCCAUGUCCUGGGUCGUCAUUCCACCCGGGAUGGUGGUGUUAAGGCCAGCUGUGGUCAACUAAGCAACGGGGCCCUUCGGGAAAGGGUGCUGAAUGGAUGUGUGUGUCUGUGUGUGUGUGUGUGUGUGUGUGUGCACAAGUGUGAGUGAGAGAGAGUGUGUGAGAGCGUGUGGGUGUGUUGAGAAAUUUUGGGGAGGGGACGAAUUUCCACCAUUCCUACAACGGUUCAUAGGUAGAAUUGAACGCUUUUUUUGUGUCUCUCUCUCAACGAAAGCUAUAACAGAAUAACCCUAUUCGUUCCCUACAGAAGAUCGAAAUAAGAGUCGGAAGCUAUGGGACAGUUUUACUUGAACAUUCCUACCUGAGGCCUAAUGAAAUAAGCAUGUCUUAACCAACGACACGUGGCUUCCUCCUGGUGAACAACUUGCUAAGGGAGUAGCAUCUACAAGCUAAAGAGAAAGGGCAAUAAGGCCGUUCCAGAGGUGCGACUGGACACGUGACUCACUCUUAAGCCAUCCGUCGUGAGGCUUAUGCUGUCGUAGCAGCGUGACGACAGUGACGACGCGGUCACUCUAUGUUCGGUCUAAUGUUGACAGAGACCCUGAGAGGCCACCAUGGGACAGAACUUUCUGUUUCUUUUUCCUCUCUCUCUCUCUCUCUCUCUUUCUCUCUGACACACCUUUGCCUUUCCUUUCAACAAAUUUUGCUUUCCCUCCCACAAACCCUCCACAUUCUGUGGCAAUACUAUUGUGCUCACACUUGUUACUGUGAGGGAAUACAACGGUAACACAAGGGAAUGCAAAAACAAGCAUUGUAAGGGAACGCAAGGUAGUAAAGAAACUAGCGACAGGAUACAGAUGUAUUUCCAAAUACGGGGAACUCUAACUCUGGCUUCUUAGGGGUCCAUACAUUUCAGAGUGCUUCUCAAAGGCAAUUUACCCUGACAGUCCAGCAACCCAACAGCCCCCUUAAGGCUGUCUGUCAAAGCAUUCUUUUGCACUUUAUGCUGUUCUAGAACCGUUUUUUUUUCUUUCAGUUUCACAGGACCUCUACUUCAUGACAUAGCAAACAAAAACAACAAAGAUACAUUUUUUGUUUGUUUGUUUGUUUGUUUUUAAAAAUGUUCUUUAAAAGUUUUUUUUUUUCUCUCUGACGAAAGGCAACACACCAACGUCUCAUAUCUCAAAUGUUCUUUUAUAUGAAUUCCAUUGUUCGUGGGCUUCUGAGUCUUUGUAUGAAAAUUGAUGCUAUUUGUAUGUGAUUUCUAGGCAGACAAACCCCAUGCAAUAGUGUGGUGCAACUGAAACAGUUCUGACAGGCUGUGGAGACAGCAACAACGGACCAUGAGCUUUUAAGUUUUGAAGCCGAGUUAAACGCUUUGCUUUUUUUCGUCUGUGAUACUAACCUACCCUGCCGCUUCAGUUGCUCCCUUCUCAAAGGAUAGAAGUUGACGUUGCACUCAGACAAGCCUCAAAAAGAAGCUCUUGGUGGACAAUCAUCACAUUGCUGCUUAUUGCACAUACUUAACAAACUCUAGCUUAGCAUGACACAUCUGUGAACUAAAAAGCUAAAUGUAAGCUGAGAGAAGAGUAAAUUCUAUACAUAUUGCUAGCUGUGUGACAACGAGGACCAGUAGCAUAGCCUACUGCAGGACUUGGACCAUGGUACUGCUCCUGUAACUGCUUAACAAAUGUGAGUCAAUACUCAUGGCUUCCAUGAAAAGUAGCCUACUAGAGAUGCAAAAGGUCUUCUAGGUAACAACAAGUACUGAGAGUAAGUAGGUACAGAGAAGGUUAAGUGACCACAUUACCGCUCCAGUCCAUUUGUAGAUUCGCUCUUUGGCUACGUCCAGGGAUCUGCUGGGGGGAUGCAGCUCACGGACCUCUGAACUGACCUGACCGCCUGUUGUUUACUGAACGUGAGAUGUGUUUGACAGGUGCUUUGUGUCGGCGUUCUUUUCCGUGAUCCUCCUCCCGUUUCCUCGAGACUAGAGGAAGAGGAGACUGUGGUCCACCUAAUUCCCCUCUUUUGCGUUUUUUUAUCUCAAACGGUGUAGCCCACUGAGACACCCGUGUCCAUCCAUCACAAGGCUAUCAGGGUGCGGUGUUGCACUUAUGAUACAGUUUAGGAAAGUAAACCGAGUGACUCACAUGGUCUCUACGCCGGUGGCCAUCUUUGAAUAUGCAGUAUUUGAGUUAACGCAGUAUGCCGGCUAUGCUAGCUGUCACAAUAAGGACGUGGAGUCCACACCUCUUCUUGCACCAUUGUGGCUGUGCUGUUUUAUGAGUAUAAAAUCAGAUCGUAAGUCUGAUAGGAUUCAUUCUAUUAUAUUUCUGUGAUGACGAAACAUUUUUAAUGUUGAUUGUAUUAGCUUUUUUUUUUUUUUUUUUUAAUUGUCCUUUGUCACGUAUUGCUGCUCUGUGCUUCCAUUGACACGGACCUGGUCACGGUCUACUCCCUGACACAUUAUGUUUAAACAUUAACAGAUAAGCAUUCACUUACGGUAAUAAUAGAUUUCUCCUAUUUGAAAUCAGCAGCUGAGCAUUCUUGUGUGUGUGUGUGUGUGUGUGUAUGUAUGUGUGUUUGUGUGUGUGUGUGUAUGUGUGUGUGUUUUUUAACCAUUUAGCUGUUGUUGUUUUUUUAUUUGCACAUAAAGAUAUUUAAUUAUCAGUAUUUUAAUGGUCCGAAGUGCCUUCUAUUUAGGUGAAAGUAGACAACAUACAGUGUAUGAGAUAAGCAUUUAUGUAGAGUUAUCUGUAUAAAUGUAUAUUUUCCCCCCAAGUCUUUGUUUUUACGGACAAUUGUGAGGGAUCCAUAAAACUAAAAUGUGUGCAAUUAGAACCUCUUUAGAGGUCUCUCCUGUUGUUAAGGAUGUAUUUUGUAACUGUUAAAAGAGAAGUGAUGUCUUCUUCCUCAAUUCAACACCUGUAUCUAAAGAUUUUGUUUUGCACCUAGAGUCAGACUGGAGGGUCUGGCCUGUAGAAAAGACACUAAGAACUACAGGACGUCAGUUUAGUCCACAGUGGUCCACAACUGAUCCCACACCACAGAGUGUAAAAAGAGAAAGGAAAUGAAAUUUAGUGUUUCAGCCGCAGAUGAGCUUGUUUUACAGCACAGACAAUCAGUAGAAUGCAGAUCUGUGAAACCAAACCAGUGUACACACACAUCGUCUCAGCUGUGGUUGAGGAAAGGUGUCACAGGCUGCUUUUGUUUGAAAACAACAAAAAAGGGUUCCGUUCCCAUUGGAUCAGGGGCCUGUUUGUAGUGGCCGUGUACCAAAAAGAUUUGUGCAAUUCUAGACACAGCACAAAGACGUUUAGAACUGAAGACACUGACAACAUAUUAGUAAGGAAUGGUCUUUUUUCACUUGUCAAUAGAAUUGCAAAGAAAGAAAAAAGUUAUGACACAUUAGGAGAUAAUGCAUUAAAUUUGAUGUGUAGAUUUUUUAUGUUUCUAAUUUGCCUCCACUUCAACGGCUGAAUUAAAGGCACUGAUACAUUGUUGAUGAAGUGCUUGGAAAAAAAUCUGCCAUUUUAAAAUUUCUAAAAGAAAAUGAAAUAAAUACUUUUCCCAUCCCAUUUUCACCACUGAGGGGUGCUAUAAAUAAAAACAAAUAUUUGCAAUAUCAUGAAUUAAUGUUUUUUUUUUUUUUUUCAGAAAACAAGGAAACACAUGUUUACCAAGAGCCAGUCAAAACGUAGUCACUAGUAAUUAUGAAGUCAAACAAUUCUUGUAACGUUGAUCUAUUUUGGCCUAUUAACCUGCUGAUCUGUUGUAUGAGUGUGGCCAAGAUAAAUGCUGACAAUUUAUAUGUCUGGACACAUGUUAAGCUGACAUUUAAUGAUGAUUGGCAUAAUCCUUUUCAGAGAAAAAAAAGAGAUAUUUUUUACACUUUGUUAUGUGGGACCAAGGGUGAAAUGUAGCAUUUAGCAUAAUUAAUUUCGAGACUUACAGUUUUGUCACUGUAAUACCGCCCUUGAACAAUCAGGCUCAUGGACAUCAAACAGAACUCCCAAAUGAGAGUUACAAGAAAAGCCCAAAUAUGAACCCUCCUGUUUUUUUUCAAGCCAUCUUUGAGUCAGCUUUGUUAUCAAUGGUUACGACAAUGGCAACAAUGUCAGAUCAAGAAGAAUGACACUAAUGGUGUUAAUUAAACAGCAUUUGACAAACAC